AUGAUUGUGAAGUACUUAGCGUGGACGCAACAACACUGUGACCUUGCGGCAGUUAUAGGCGUAAAGCCUCUCGCUAGAGACUAUGGUACUGGCCAUGUUCCAAAGACUUUAAGUGAAGAUGUGAUGUCCACUAAAGAGGCAACAAAAAGGGCACGAGAGAGGCCCAGUACUCUCCCGUUCCGAAAUAGUGGCACCAGGCUCCGAAGUAGGGGUAACGGUGAGGCUUCCCGUAACUCUAGCAAAGGCAUGCUAGGUGUGUCAGCUUAG